UUUUUUUUUUGUUACUUUUUCAGUCCCGGACCCUUUCCUGCAAAUCCGCAAGGAACACCGCUUAGCUGUGCUGGAAAAAGCUGGCACGAGCGAUGUUUUAUUUGUAGGAACGCUGUGAGGUCAAAUUUGCUAACAAGAAAUCCAGCCUCAGACGGCUGGAAAGCAUGCUUUGUGCUAAGGCAAGUGUGGAGUGGUGCGGGGAGGGGUCCCCUUCCUCACCACAAAGGUUCCUUUUUAUCCCUUCCCCAAGGGAUCCCGUAUUUUGAAAGCUUUUAUCUACCCAACAAACUGCAUUUAUUGAAUAAUAAUUUGGGUUCUUUUUGAAUUGUAUUCAUCAAAGACAUCUCACCGCCAAUUAGUGUCUCUGAUCCGUUGAGAUAACCACAUCUUCCAGCCCAAAGCAAGCCAGGGUAAUGUUUUAUUUAGUCUGGGAGCCUCCAGGAGGGAAAUGCGCGACUUCCUUUGGGCUUUUUGAAAGCCUGGAAAUAGCUUGCAGGCCCCCUCCCUGGUUGAUUCACAGAGAGCAGGACCCAAAUAGGAGAGGGUCGGAGGGCGCGGGGGUCGCAGGGGCCACAGAGGACACCGGGGGACGGGGACUCUAACUCCAGCACCCAUGGAGGGGGGCUCAGGCCGGAGGUGCGUGCUUAGGGCACCCGACGACGUGGGGGCGCACCUGAGCCCUCCUCGGGCUCCUUCAGCCCAGACCUUUGGCACUGGGGCGGGCAGGGAAGGGCAGAGGGAGGUACCUGAGGGGUCCCUCCCCAAGUAUCCUUGGAGCUGGAGGCCAGGGAGCUCAGGUACCCUGGAGCUGAGUUGUCUUCUGCUCGCCCUCACUGGAGAAGGGGCCCAGCCUUGCUGACAGCUCUGCACCCAGGCCGGGAAGGAAAGGGCCAGGAACAGGCGUCCUCAGCCCAGCAUGGGCUCCCCCUGGCUGCAGGAGAGAUGUUCCCUGUGGAAGAGUGCAACUGGGUGACCCAGGGACCCAAAGCCAAAGCCGAAGCCGAAGCCGAAGCCGAAGCCGAAGCCGAAGCCGAAGCCGAAGCCGAAGCCGAAGCCGAAGCCGAAGCCGAAGCCGAAGCCGAAGCCGAAGCCGAAGCCAGGGCCAGGCCUCCACAGCGAGCCGUUCCCACAGACCCUCGACCCUGCACCGAGCCCCCAGCCCCAGCGCCUGCCUCCCCCAUGAGCGGUAAAUUUCUCGGGAAGAUGCCGUCCGUGUUCCUCUGCAGAAGCAGAUCCUUCCCUGAAACCUUUUCCAUGACCUUUUUAGAAACAAAUCUGCGCUAUGCAUUCACCCAUUGGCAAAGACAGCCUGGACCCACCCGGGAGGCCAAGCUGGGCACAGUCAGGGACCAGAGUGCGGUUGCGCCGCACCCUCAGCCCAACCAGCAACCAACGACUGCCAAGUUUUCCAAGCCUGGACCAAAGGGGCGAUCCCCCUGCCUCGGCGUCCCGUGUGGCGAGGGCUCUGUGCCCGCAGCCAAGGGUGGGCCGGGCUCUCCGGGGGCUCGGGGCGGGCAAGGGCCCAGGGUCGCCAGCAGGGCCACACGCUCUCCGUCGCGCACCGCGGAGUCUCGGUGUUUGAAGCGCGGCAGCGCAGGCGCGGCCUCCGGGACUCUGCGCCCACGAGGUUUCCGCGCGCACCGCCAGGGGGCAGCACCGCCCCGCGCAGGGCGCCCCUCCGCCUCCGAGUGCGCCUGCGCACAGGCCCCGGGCCGCCCGCUCCCGCGCGUCCUUUGGGGCGGGGAUCCCGCACACCGGGCCCGGACGGGCCUGGGGGUGCCUCGGGGCACGAGGGGCCUGGAGCUGCCUGGGGAGCGCGCAAGGAAGCAAGAAGGUCGCCGGAGUGCAAGGCCAGCCUGCGCCACGCAGGGACCGCCGCCUCCAAAUAAGCAAACAGCAAAGAAGGGUGGCAUUAGAAACGCAAAACAAAAAACACGGCCAGUGCCUGUCUGCCAUGCUACCCUGCCUCGGACCCAGCUGAUUAUGGACUGGAACCUCUACAACCUGUGAGCUAAGGUAACUGGUGACCUUGUACGAAGAGGACAUGAGGACACAGACAGUCAGACAGACACCUCCCCCUGCCCAUGUGAAGAUGGGGGAAGCCCGACCCCAACUUCAGCCUCCAGCACUGGGGUUCUCCUCUGGCCCUUGAAUGUGCAGGCCUUUGUUCUUCACAGACUAAGGAGCCGCCCAGGAAGACGCCAGAGGACCCGCAACUCAGACAGCUCCAUGUCCUGAUGAAUCCUUUCACCAAGGCUGCUCCCAGCAAAGCGAGGACAGUGAGUCUCCAGAGUGAGUCACGUGUUUCUGUGCUGCCACGUGUGACAUGAGAAUGACAGACAUCCUUCUGGGCGUCCCCGAGGUGGUGAUGGCCUGGGCCAGUCACGGCUGUGCCCAGGCAGGGACUCCAGUUUGGGAAAAAAAUGAGCAGAUAAAGGCGCUGGCCUCCUCACCAGCUCUAAGCUGUGGUGAAGGAAUCGGCAGGAGCAGGAGGUCCUGGACACUUGGACCUGGCCCCACACAGGUGAGGUGGCUUCUGGGCUCUGCAGCUGCAGGGAGCUUGGGGAGACCAAGGCAGGGGCUGUCGGAAAAGGCACGCAGGCAGGAAGGACGCUGAGACUGUCUUGGGGAUGGGCCGAGCACACCACACCCAGUGCUGUCCACAAUGACAACAGCUCACUGCUGACUAUCUGCAAAAAUUGCUGCUGGGCAUGGUGACGCAUACCUGCAAUCUCAGCAUUCAGGAGGCUGAGGCAGGAGGAUUGCCUUGAGUUCAAGACCAGCGUGAGUUACACAGUGAGACCCUGUCUCAAAGUAAAUAAAAUAAAAUAAGAUCACGAGA